AUGAAGCACUCACAUCCUCGUUCACGAACCGGUACAGUGACUAUACCGGCCAGGAUCAGGCCUGGUACCAUUGAUGAAGAUGACGAGUUUGACGAUGAAUUACGUCUUGGGGAUGCAUUUACGCAGCUGAGCGUAGACUCGCCUGGCAACCCUUCGUCAAGCUUCAAGGGUCCUGCACACCCUGAUCAUUUCCUUCGAAGCUUUCGCAAGGUCUCUGGUCUUCACAUCGACGAUGGGAGCCUCGAUCUGGUCGAAGACUUCUAUAACCGAGCAGCGCUUCCUACACGACGUCAAUCGGUUCGCAACACUGUUCGGUUGCCUCCCAUCGACAUUGCUCGCCAAUUGUUCGCUGCUCAGUACACAUAUAUCGGCACCAUCUUCUCCUUCACUGAUCCGGCGUCUUUUGAUCAAUUACUCUUCGAGGCAUACCAAGGCCCGCCUGAUCUAGCUGACCAAGAUGCAUGUCUUGCUUACGCCAAAGUCCUGGUCAUCCUCGCUUUCGGGAAGCUGUACUCAAUCAAUCAAUGGAUUGACUACAACGGUCCUCCCGGUUUCGAGUACUUUACGCAUGCUUUGCAACUACUACCCGAUGCCCAUGAAGAGGGUUCUAUCCUCUUUGUCGAGACACUUGCACUGGUCGGCUACUUCAUGCAAAACAUGAACCGACGAGACGCCGCGUUCUUGUAUAUCGGUAUGGCUCUACGCAUGGCUAUUUCGCUUGGUCUACACCAAGAGGUUUCAUCACCGGGUCUUGAUGAUGCAACGAAGGAGCAUAGACGGCGCGUGUGGUGGAGCAUAUAUAGCAUGGACCGGAUCCUGUGCGUCAAGUCCGGCAAUCCGGUCACUAUCCAGGAUGACGAUGUCGGUGUUGCUCUACCAUCCAAGCUGCCCGGUGAACCAGAAUAUUGCCCGGCUGUAGUACUUCGACAUUACACGAAGCUGUCCCAAAUCUGUGGCGCUAUUACUACCAACAUCUAUCGCCGAGCACCAAAGUCUGGUACCCGAUUGAUGGCAUCGGUACAAAACAUCAUCCUGUCGUUGUCAAAGUGGCACCGUGAGAUGCCGGACGAGCUCCGCUUUGACCCGGCGAGACUAAGCAACAGUCGAGAGUCUGUAUCAACGCUCCUACAUUACUACCAAUGUAUCAACAUGACAGCUCGGCCACUUCUUUUCCACGUGGUGCAGAAGAGGCUCAAGUCUGGACCAGCAGAGAAGGAGCGCGACUGGAAGGCUGGGCUCACACAGACAACGAUCAAGGUCAUCGAAAUGUGUAAGAACUUAGUUGCUACAUAUGGCUAUAUGGAUAGUGAACAUGCCUUCUCUGCCGUCAUAGUGCUAGUGAUGGUCUGCGUUGCCUUCCCUACAAACUCUCAAGUCACAUACUCUAUGAACGCCGGCCUCGAACUCUUACGAGGCAUGUCACAACGAGGGAACAGCCACAUGGCCUCUCGCUACGAACUUCUUGCUCGCCUUCGGGCAACAUUCAUGCCCGAUGCUGUUCCUCCAUCAACUGUGGACACUGCUACGCAGCUUUCCAACAUGUUCCCCCAAACACCAUCCUCCCUGGGCAACUUCGCUCCCAUGCCGCGCCCGCGGAGUCUAUCGGGCAGCUCAAAUCCCAGCAACGAGCUCUUCAUGCCGGGAGCACCCAUGCUCAGCAUCAACGGCUUACACAUGAGCACCAGCAGUGCUCUGAGCGGUGCUGGCAGACUGAAUCUUGUUGAGCCACAGAACCUACCAGACUUUCAGCUACUCAACAAUCCUUCACUAGGCGAGAAUAUCUUCCAUGAUGUCGAUGUUGAAGAUGUCGAUAUGAGUUUGCUCACAGGCAAUAAUGACUUCUGGGAGGAGGCGUUUGCCAAUCCUGCUGGAGAUGCAGGAUUCAACCUCGCACAGUGGACUCAGGCUGCUCAUCAGAUGGCUGUCCACCAAGCAGGUGGACCUACCGGUGGGAACAGGCUUACUGGGAUGUCUUCUGGUACUGGUCAUAGUCAGGGACCAAGUGAUCUGGGAAUGGAUGGAAUGGGGCUUUAA